AUGCCUUUGGACGAAUACUCUGACUCGGAUGAAUCUGAUGCUCAUGACAUUAGAACCUCAGUUCUCUUAGGACUCGCCGAUGGAGCGAUCACGUCUGACAAGGACCUAUCAAAGAUUAGGGUUUCACGCAUUGGCGGCAAGCCUGUCUUUCCUGUUGGAACACCUGCUCCGCCUCUGAAAGUCUCCCACUGUGACUCAUGCUCGAGUCCCAUGGAGUUGCUCGUUCAGCUUUGGUGCCCUUUUGAGGGAAGUGCAUUCGAUCGCGUUUUGUAUGUUUGGGGAUGUGCUAGGCGACGCUGUCAGCGGAAGCCCGGAAGUGUCAAAGCUGGCAGAGCCUUGCGUUAUAACUCGAAAUACGCCGCAAAGCUGGCAGCUAAGUUGGAGAAGCGUAAAGCCGAACUCGCCACUCCAAGGUCCUCCAACAAUCCCUUUUCUUUCAACCAGAAAGGAGGCUUUGCCCCACAACUAUUCGCAGGAGGAUUCGAUGGCCCUUCGCCGCUCGCGCCGGAACCUGCUGAAGACAAUGAGGGUCUGUCUUCGGGUGACCCAUCAUCUGCCUCCGAAGACGAAGACGAAGAUGAUGGCACUGGUUUAAGCAGACAAAUUGCAGGUAUCAGUCUUGAUGAUAACUCGGGUGAUUGGUCUCUUGUGCCCUCCUAUUUGCCGUUUUAUCUCGACUCGGUGGGGGAGUACAUAGCACCACCCUCAGCAAUCUCGCGUUCCAUGCCGAAAGCCUCGGUAGGGCAGGAUAACGAUGGUCAAUGGGUCACUGAAGGGUAUGAGCGAACAAAAGAGAUCGAUCCCAUGUUUGAGAAGUUCACUGCAAUCGUCAGCGAGGAGCCUCAGCAGUGUCUCAGAUACGAGCUUUCCGGCAUACCUCUCCCAUUCUCAAGCGAGUCUGUCUACAAAUCACUAUUCCCGCCAGUUGGUUCUCGAUCAUCUGCUCCCCGCGAGGGUACAGUCAUAACUGGUUCGGGUGCCAUAUUGGCUGCAAAUGCAGAUGAAGUCGCUGGGAAACGCGUGUACGAACCAAGUGUUAUCCGUCCAUGCGAUGCUUGCGGUGGUCCGCGCGUUUUCGAAUGCCAAUUAAUGCCCAACCUCAUUAAUGUGGUACGAGCAGCUUCGCAACCAGCGAAAAAGACUUUGUCGGCUGAGGAACGAAAGUCUGAACUUGCACGUCUCCUUAAAGGCCCUGCGAGCAGAGUUGGGGACGAAACUAACUCAGAUGCGAAAGAAGACAUGGAAUGGGGCACCUGCAUGGUUUUCUCGUGCAUUUCGGAUUGCUGUCGGCGGAAGGGUGCGAAUGAUGUCUGGUCAGAUGCUGAGAAUGGUUUUGUGGAAGAAGUUGUCAUGGUACAGUGGGAUACUUGAACUAUGUUUCUCCGGAAGUAUUUACGCAACAAUAUUGUUGCUGUCGUGACGUUGUCCUCACGGGGGGACUUGAACAACUGCAGAAAUACCGUCUCUGUUGGGCAGGUUUAGGUCCAGUGUCUUAUCCUUCCCUCCUGUAACUCUUCUGUCGGUCACCUCGGGGUCGCCUCUUUCUUUGAUAUGCAGAAGCACAGCCCUGAUAUG